GUCGCCCAGUCCUGCCUCAGCUUCAGGAGGAGUUGGAGCAGCCUGGCCCCAGGCCUGUGACUUAUCAAAUGAGCUGGUCCCAUCUUCUGCUCAUGCCUGUUGUUAUUGAAAUGACCCUGCUUCUCCUAUUCUUUGGGGGUUUCUGGGCCCAAGUGGUGAGCACAGGGCCUCCGGAGAUGACUACAUCCACAGAACCUUCUUUUUCUUUGGUCUCAAAUAUCUCUGAGGCCCCAAACCUUAACGCAGAGACCUCCAACCAUAGAAUAGUAAUGGUCCCUGAGAAUAAUGCCAGCACUGGGCAGCAGAUCUCCCCACCUUCCUCAACUCCUCAUUCAGCCAGUGAGUCCUCCUCUCCUAAGACUUUCAUCACUGCCCAUGGUCUCCCUGAGCCAACAAUCUCCCAUGAAGUUUCCUCCAGGAAGUCAUCAGUGUUCCAGGAAAUCCCUAAAGCAACCAGUAACUCUACUGUCCCAGCAACAAGUACUCUGGUACUUCACACUAUUACUGGUGGAACCAUGGCAACCAGCUCCCUGGAGACCUCCAAUGAGACUAGCAGACCCCCUGUCACCACGGCAACUAGCUCUCUGGCGAUCUCUGAUGCAACCAGUGGACCCCCCGUCACCAUGGCAACAAGCUCUCUGGAGAUCUCUGAUGCAACCAGUGGAUCCCCUGUCACCAAGGCAACGAGCUCUCUGGAGAUCUCUGAUGCAACCAGUGGACCCCCUGUCACCAUGGCAACAAGCUCUCUGGAGAUCUCUGAUGCAACCAGUGGACCCCCUGUCACCAUGGUGACUAGCUCUUUGGAGACUCCCAAGGGAACCAGUGCCUCUCCCAUGUCUAGGGUAAAAAUAUUCAUCAUGACUACCCCAGAGACCCCCACAAAUACAGGCAGGACACCUUCCCCAAAUUCAGAUCGGAGGACAACUGAUACCCUGAUGGUGACUGUGCUUGUGGCCCUGUUGGUGAUCAUUAUCCUCUUGGCACUACUCCUGCUGUGGCGCCAGCGGCAGAAGCGGAGGACAGGGGCCGUGACAUUGAACAGAGGUGGAAAGCGCAAUGGAGUGGUAGAUGCCUGGGCCGGGCCAGCCCGAGUGGCUGAUGAGGAGGUUGUGAUAACAACAGCAGGAGUGUCUGAUGGUGACAAGGGCUCUGGGACCCCAGCUACGGAGAAUUCUGGCCGGCGACCCACACUCACCACUUUCUUUGGUAGACGGAAGUCUCGCCAGGGCUCCUUGGCACUGGAGGAGAUAAAGGCUGGGUCAGCCCCCAGCCUAAAGGGGGAGGAAGAGCCACUGGUGGGCAGUGAGGCUGGGGCUGUGGAGGCUCCCAAUUCCGAUGGGCCAGAAGGGGAGAUAUGAAGGUCCUUUAGUGCUUGUGAAUAACAAGAGUAGAGCUCAGAAUCUUUCUAGCUUUCAGCAAACCCUUCUAUCAUCACUUCCAACCUCAUCAUCACCCAGCAUCUUCACCCAGCACCUUCACUCUGAAUCCCAACCUAGCUUCUUAACCCUGGAACCUCCAGCCCCCACCCCAAUGCCCACACCCAAACCCAGCUCGGAGGCUGCGGCUACACCCGCUUGAAGGCUUGAAGACUGAAUGAAUGAAACUUCCUCAUCAACUCCCAUUUCUCUCCAUUACCUUUUUCUUCACGUUUUUGUCCUUGAAACCAGACGCUGAGUCUCCAUAAUGCCAAAUUUCCUUGACCUAUGAGUGCUCAGAGGAUUCCCCAGGGACACCAGAGUCUGGGAAGAAGAAAACGACAAGCCAGCAAACUGCCAUCUAGGAUUACUCUGGAAAGUACAUUUGGCCCCAUUGAUUAGGACCUUCGCUGGGUCAUGCCAUGCAACUCCUUUAACCCUGGGCCCAGUGCUCUGUGCGGGCCAGUCUGGACUGAUGCCACCCAGCUGUGCUCUCAGGCGUGCUAGUGACAGCACCUGGCCUCUACGCUGGUCACUGGCCGAAGCCACCACACUGUCCCCACCUGUGGACUGAGGCAGCCAAGGCUUCAGCCGUUUCUCCUCCCAAGGGCAGAGGUGAGAAGAGUUUCUGGCCAGUGUAGUUCUCAGAAGCCCUGGCUCCUGUGUGGGUCCACUGAUGGGUGUGGUUUGUGUGCAAGAGGCAAGGAUUUGGUGGUUUGUGAAGGGUAGUGGUGAAUACAGAGGGUGUGAGGGACGGGGCAGGAAGGGUUUCAGAGACUGAGGACAUGCCAACCUGAGGAACUGCUGAGAACAUCUGCGCCCUCAUCGCUGCUCAAAUGGGGUGGAGGUAGUAAAGGAUUUAACUCUGUCUGUGGCCUAAUAAAGGAAUGUCAGGCUGCUAGAAAGACUGCACGGUGACCUGAGUGUGGUUCAGCCACCGUGUCCCUUCCUUACAGCCUCCUCGGCACAUGAGGUAGGGGGAGAGGGGCCCUGGUGGCCUGGUCUCGGUGAUGCACCACUAUUACGUGUUUGUGUGUUUCAAGCCCCUUCUCUUCUCCAACGGGUCAGUGAGAGCGAGCUAAAUGAGGACCUACGACAGGCUGGCAGGACCAGGGACUUCCCCGGUGGCUCCAGGACAGACAGGAGGGGACAAGACCCAGCUGGCUGUCUCUGAGACCAGCCCAACCUAGAGCCCAGCCCAGGCCAGAGCCCAGGGAGCCGCGUGGGCCAGAGGUGGUUGGUAUUUCCCCAGGGCAAAGAGGAAAUUUGCAAAGAGGAAGUUGUUGAGUCACAGGGCUCAGUGGCUGAGUGCAGACUGACUGACCUACAAAAAGAGGCAGAUGGGAGCUCUGUGGUGUGAUUGCCAUGUGGCCAAAGUGGGGGGCAGGCAGGAAAUAGAGAGAGGGCCCCUGUGGGUCAGGUCAUGGGGUGGGGGAGAGAAGGGGCACAAAGUGGCCAAGGAUCCACAGGCUUGUCUCUGACGUGUGGGGAGGGCUGAGCUGGGCUGGAAAUCCAGCCUUCACCAUGUAGACUGGGCACCCCAGAGGCUGUGUCUGGGAACUUCUCCUACUUCUCACAGGCACUGUUUGGACUAGUCGUAGCCCCAGAACAGCAGAAGUGCGUUCCCAAGUCCCUUAGGGAUACCACAACUGUUGUCUUAGAUUGGUCAAACCAAGCGCCCCAAUUUCAAGUUUAGAAAAUAGUGUCACCGAAUUCAGAGGCCAUCGGCCCCACCGGCUCACUCAGCACAGGCAGGCAUUUUCUGAGCCAUCACUGGUUUCUGGGUCUUGUGCGAAUCCUGCAGAAAAUGGGGUGGGGGUGGGCAAGGUACCCAAUAGGGCUCUUCUCAGAAAACAUUUAAAUAUGUGAAAAGCUUUCAAAAAGAAGAACAAACAACAUUUUAUGAGUGCCAAAAAAGGGAGCGACACACUGCGCCUGCGGGAGGCUGAGAGGCUUCCUCGGAGUGUGUUUCACUGGGUUUUGUCGUAUUCGCUGCCAUGGUCCUGGAGCUAUGUCGUUGGCAUGUAUUAGGUCCUCAGUAAAUAUUGACUUCGAUGAAUGAAUGAAUGAAUGAAUGAAUGAAUGAAUAUGACUCCUCAGAGAUUUUGAAGGCUAAGAAGGGUUUUGCCAGACUGAAAGGAGAGAAGGCACCCUCAGCAGGUGCCAAAGCACCUUAAUGAAGGGCGAGCAGUUCACUGUAGAUUCUUUUUUUACAAUCAUGGAACAGAUGCCUUUUAGUUCUCUACAGGGGAAAGAGCACAGGAAGCAGUAGAUAUUGUAACACAAAAAAGGAGAGAAACAAUAAGAAAAUAGAGAAUAUCGUAGUAAGAGAGGACCAAACAUAUAAAUUAUAAAAAUAAUUGUAAAUGGCUUAUUAUACUUUUCAUAGUCGCUAAAAAUGUUUUAAAAAAUUAUACUAUUACUUUGAAAAAUGUCUACAAUAUAAUGUUAAAUGGGAAUGUAUAGUAACUGUGGUUAUCUAUAAAUAAGUUUAUGGGUGAUUUUUUUUGUUCUGUUUUUGUUAAUCCUCACCCGAGAAUAUUUUUUCCAUUGAUUUUUAGAUGUGGGAGGGAG